AACGCCCUGGAACCCGCGGGCGACGACUGAGGCCACAGGUGCCGCGCAGGGUACCGUGUCCCAGCUGUGGGCAUCAAAACUUAAGCUCUAGGAACCCACGCUUCCGAGCUGCUACCAACCCUGGACAUCGAGGCCUCCGGGCCUGAGAACGGAGCCCUGGGGUCGUCAGAAGAGAGGGGCCCAGAGCCCCCGGGGUCAGACAGCGAAGUCCCCGGGCCUGUCGCAGAGCAGGACACCGAAGUCCCCAGGCCGGGCGGCGAGGUCCCCGUGCCCUCUGCAGAACAGGGCGCGGAGACCCCCGAGCAAGAGAGCGAAGUCCUCGGGCCAUCAACGGGGCAAGACGAAGGGCGCCCCGAGCCGUGCACACCUGGGAGCUUUGAGAGUGCAAGGCCAGGCAGCGACGACUCCGAGCCAUCCGAAGCGCUAAGCCCCGGGGUUCCAAGGCAGUGUCCCCCUCAGGGUUCUGAGACCUCCUCCUCUGGGUCAGACUCGGAAGCCCCCCAGCAGCGUUUUCCACUGCGCUCCGAGACUCCCCAACAGCCCCCAGAGGAGCCGCUCAUGGAGACGCCCAUCGAGCGCGAAAUCCGCCGGAGCUGCGAACGUGAGGAAAGCCUGCGUCGGAGCCGGGGCCUGAGCCCAGGCCGCGCGGGCCGCGAACUAGUCGAGCUGCGCGUGCGGCCGGUGCUCAGCUUGCCCGGCCCAGGCCCCGCGCUCCCGCGCGCCUUAGAGCGCGCGCGGGCGGGCGCACAGAUGCAGCGAGACAUCGAGCGGGAGGCCCACCGGCAGGCGGCGCUGGCGCGCCCCGCGACCCCGGAGCCGCACGUUCGGCCGCCGCCACAGCCGCUGGGCGAGCUCAAGCGCUUCUUCGAGGCCGCGGGCGGGUGCGGCGCCUCGCCGGUUCCAGAGGGCGGCACGGGGCCACAGCGGCUGCCCCAGCCCGGAAGCCGGCCGCGCUCUGCCGUGCAGGGCCGGUGCCCGGUGCUGGCCCGCGCUCCGCCGCCCAUGGCGCCGUCGCUGCUGGAGCAGGAGGUGCGCGAGGCGCAGGAGCGCGAGCGGGAGCUGCAACGCCAGAGGCUCAGCGUCUAUGGCACCGCCGAGUUCAGAGAGCCCGCGCCGAGCCUCACCGCGAUCAGGGGCGACGGAAAGCUGGCGGUGAUCUGGCCUCCCCGCAGAAAAGCUUCGGAGAACGGCCUGGAGCAGGAGGAGCGGAAGCCUUGAAGUUGGAGCAGGCUAGGACCCCCGGCCGGAAGUAACAUUCCCGUCAGAAGACGCGGGCAGGGGCGCCCAAGAGUGCCCUCCAGAUCAGCGGAAGGCCUGGAGCGGGGCCAGCGGUCUGCGCCGGGGAAGAUGAAAUCGACCAGCCCAUCAUUGAACUUGACUUUGUGAAAUUGAUCAGUCUUUGCUGUAGAAGUGUUAUUCAGCAUUGGGAAACACCACCACAACACAGCCAGUGAAACUGUCCUGCCCUUCUCCGCCUAACGGCAAACGGAGCUAGCCUCUCUCUCCUGCCUUGACUGUUAAGAGGACCGGGUCACCGCCUCGGCUGUCCCCACUUCCCAAUAAAGUUCCUUCUUUC